GCAGAUGCACGGCCACAAAUCGCGGAUGGAGCAGAAAGCGAUAAUAAGAAAGCAAUGUAGCGCGUCCUAAAUUUGUAAUUGGUGCGCGUCUCAUGCUCCGGCAACCAAUGUGCAUCCUUCCUCCACAUCAGCUGGCACCGAGGGGCAUUUGCCGACGUCACUGGACGUUUUUUUUUUUUUUUUUUUUUAAUGUUCCAGUACCCGAGCCUUCCGUCCUUCCUUCCUUCCUUCCUUGAGCCUGCCCGCUCCCCCUCUUUCUACACCGCCCACACCUUCUCAACCAUUGAUACGACCACUCGCCGGCUUCGUCGCCUCAUUACAUCACCCGCUGUGCGCUUUUGUGCAUUUAUUUAUUUAUUUAUUUUAUUUUUUGGGGGACCGACAACCCCCCAAUAUUUUGGGGAUUUUUCUUCUAACCCCUCUCGCGACCUCUUUGAAGAGAAUCCCACCAUGGCGAGCACGGAGGAUAAACCGGCUAACAAGACGGAGGCAUCCAGCUGGAAGGACUCCUUCUAUAACCCGAGGACCGGAGAGGUUCUGGGGCGCACGGCCGGGAGCUGGGCCCUCAUCUUGUUGUUCUACUUGGUGUUCUACUGCUUCCUGGCUGGUAUGUUCGCCCUGACCAUGUGGGUGAUGCUGCUCACUCUGGAUGAGAACAUACCCAGGUACAGAGACCGCGUUCCCUUCCCAGGAUUGGUCGUUCUUCCCAACUCUCUGGACAUCACUUUCAGCAAAUCCGAUCCCCUGAAUUAUGCGCCAUACGUGGAAAACCUGGAGAACUUCCUGCAAAAGGGUUACAAUGACACCGAACAGGAGAAGUUUCUGGACUGCCCCGAAGGGGAGUAUUUCCUGCAGGACGAUGAACCGGAAAAGAAAGUCUGUCGCUUCAGGCGCGGCUACCUGAGUCUCUGCUCCGGCCUGUCCGACAUUAACUUUGGCUACUCUGAGGGAAGGCCGUGCGUGCUCCUGAAACUCAACAGGAUCAUUGGCCUGAAGCCUCUCGGGGACCCCUACGUCAACUGCACCGUCAAAAAAGACAACCCAGUUCAGAUGCAGUACUUCCCCCGGAAGGGACGCAUUGACAAGAUGUACUUCCCCUACUAUGGCAAGAAAGCACAUGUGAAUUAUGUUCAGCCUCUGGUUGCUGUCAAGUUGCUGCUCAACAAGGAGGACUACAACAAGGAGCUGACGGUGGAAUGCCGGGUAGAGGGCUCCAACCUGCGCAAUAACGACGAGAGGGAUAAGUUCCUGGGUCGCGUCACUUUCAGGGUCAAGGUGGUGGAGUAAAAAGGAGGAAAAUGGACGGUCAAAAGGGAACCCCUCCCCAACCACCACCCCCACCCCACCCCACGUCCAACAGCAGCCUCCCACCCCCUGGUGCAGAGGCUGCACACAUUCGCUAAGGAAGGAAGUGUCAAAUCCCUCUCAAGACAGCAUUCGGGCUGAAAUUAGUCCGGCCCAUCGUCGGAGAGCCAGUUGCAAAUGUUGCGUUGAUGAUGUUAAUGACCCCUCUUUCCUUCGAGAUUUCUUACCGACCGCUGCAAAAGAUCCCUAGAGAACAAGACACAGGCUCCUGAACCAUCCCCUGCCACCUGUCGCACACGUCAUCCCUCCCCCUUCCCCCUGUUAUGGUUUCAUUUCGAUGUGAUUAGCUGACUUAAUAGCCAAUGCGAGUAAGCCAUUUGGAGCCGCCGUGUUAUUGCUGAUGCAACUUUUUCAUAUUGUGUAGAAUCAGCGGUGUCAAACUCAAUUUGGGUUUAAACUUGAAGAAACAGCAUGGCUAUCUAUGAAAAGCUAAUCAUUCUGUUGGUAUUUUUACUGUACUGUAUAGACACAACACAUUAAAAAAAAAAGUGAUAUUCUGCUUUUGGGCGAAAUUGCUGGAUGGAUCUAAAACGUGUCACAACCUUUGCAAGUGAUCUUAAUUUUCAUGUAGGAAUGUAUAAAAUUCAGUGUUCCAAAGCCCCACUUGACCGGACCCAUAUACUGCAGGUCAGCUAAAAAAGGUUCGAGAGCAUUUUAGGUUCAUCCUGAAAUUUCACCCAAAAGCCCCAUUUCCCAAAAUGGAAGAAAAAAUUGCAACUUUGGUCCAGAUUUUCUGCAAAAAUCAUACAAAUUCAUUUAGCAUGAAAAAAUGAAGUAGACCAACUUUGAGUUUGACAUCUCUGGACCGUCGACCUUCCUUCAUACUGGGAAGAGAGCCGUGUUGUUUGUUUUCACGUCCCCAUAGCUGGACGGUACACAAACAACAGCAUCAAACCUGGAUCCUCCGAGAUGAUUGGAGGAUCCUUAAUCUUGUGAGAUGGCGUGGAAGCCCAGCAACUCAUUUCCAGUAUAGAUUUUUUUUUUUGACCAGAAGUGUCACAGAUCACACCACAAAGACUCCAUAUGCUGAUAAUCAAUCUAAUAUAGCCACUGUAUUCCUAUGUAUAUGGACAAAAUUCCCUUUCUGCAUAUAAAUACAUAGUGAACCUUAUUUAGGAAAAAAAAAAUAGAUAUAUAGAUCUUUGUGUUGUGGCCCGCGUUGCCGCAACCUAGUCUUGUGCCGUCUGUCUGCAUGUCUGUCUGUCUGUCUGUUUGUCUGUCUGUCUUCCUGUGCGGUCAUGUCGCCAUUGCAAUAGCCGACAUGUGGGUGAGCCCUUCAGGAUGAGAUCAAUUGUCUCGCUCUGUCUCUCCUCCUUCUCCUCCUCACAAAAGGGAGAGCGGGUUAGACGCUGCAUAUUGAUGCCAUGAAAAGCCAUUUGACCGAUUCCCCUUGAUGUCCUCGAUAACCCGUUUAAGGUCCACGUACCAGCGCGCUCUUUGGCCUCAAGUCGUAAGACAACUCCAUGACGCGCAUGUGCACGAGACACCGCAAGACGCGUAUGCGCUAAUUCUCAGCCCGUUCAGGAAAAGGAGACACUGAGUGUUUUGCGGGGGACAUUUUGCUUUCCAAAAGAUACCACAAAGUCUGCAAAACCUGACGUAAUAAAAAAACGGUAAGGCCAAGCAGCUAGUUAGACAUCAUCAUCAAAGAGUCACUGAAGCAAUUCACACUCGUAUAGAAGUCUCACGAGUGUGAAUUAUUUUGUGGCAACCACAACACAGAACAACGGGGCAUUUUGCUGAGACGAGCAACAAAAAUACGCACAAUGAGUUACAUCAUCAGUCAAAACAGCCAUAGGACAUUUUUGUGCUACUAACAGGGCAUAGGCGGUUGCUCGUGCUGACCAGUUGGCUCUAAUAGCUUAACAGUAAGGUUUGAUGGUGCCGUAGUAGGACAGAAAGUGGCACCGGUAGCGGAUAUCAAAAUCACGAGUAAGUGUGUCAAGUUGUCUUACCGGUGAAGGCGAAGUGUGGAUUGCUACGUGGACGUUAGGUUGGAUGUGAGGGAUAUGGAAUCAAUGCUCAAACGGCUUCCCACAGAUGCAAGCUGAGGAGACAAAACGCACGCACACUAAGUACACCGUAAAUUGCUUGGAAGUCAGAGAGGAGAAUGGAGGGGAAAAAAAAAAGUUCAGCUUUCACUGUACUGUACUGUAUAUCUCUACGUGAUCUGUAUAUCUCUCCGGGUCUCAAAGAUUGUUUGUUAGUUUUCUCGCUUCUUCAGCCCGUUGAUCUGAUUGUCUAUUACUCUUGCUCAAUGUAUAUAGUAUACUGUAAACACUAUCGACCAUAUUUACUGAAUUCACACACUGUAUUUUUGGCACAAAACACAAUGUCUGUGGACUGUAAAGAAAUAAUUUAAGCAAAGAUUUACAGGAAAUGAUCUUAUUCCAAGCUAUGUUUACACAGUCUUUAAAGGAGCCCACAUUUGAAAGAACAACUUGUAACAUCUUCUCGGGGUGCCUUAAGACCUGAUGAAAUAAAUUGUGGAAUAAAAGUGAUUUUGAAGAAAAAAAAGA